AUGCGCAUUGUUUUGACAGAUUUUGGAAAUAAGGCAACAGACAUCAUUUGUUGUUAUUUGCAAUACAUAUUAUUAAUUUUAAUAAUUAUUUAAACACACGACGAAAAAUAUACAAUGAAACGUUUAUCCGAAGAAAGAACAAAAUUAUUGUUCGAAAAAUUAACAAAGUAUAUAGGUGACAAUGUAAAGCAUUUAAUUGAUCGUCCAGAUGGAAUUUAUUGUUUUCGUGAAAAAAAAGAUCGUGUCUAUUAUAUGUCGGAAAAAAUUUUGGGUAUUGCAAGUACAAUGGGACCUGAUCAUUUAAUGAGCAUUGGAACGUGUUUUGGAAAAUUCACUAAAUCAGGAAAAUUUAGAUUACAUAUAACAGCACUUCAUUAUUUAGCCCCUUAUGCUCAGUAUAAAAUUUGGCUGAAAUCAUCAGCCGAACAACAAUUUUUAUAUGGACACCAUGUGACAAAAUCUGGAUUAGGAAGAAUAACUGAGGGAACCUCUCAAUAUCAGGGAGUUGUUGUUUAUUCAAUGCACGAUUUACCACUUGGCUUUGGUGUUGCGUCAAAAAGUACAGCCGAUUGUAAAAAUGCAGAUCCAAUGUCAACAAUUUGUUUCCAUCAAGCUGACAUUGGAGAAUAUAUUAGAUCAGAAGACACAUUAUUAUAAUUUUUCACGAUAUAUUUAUUUCAUUAACUCAAUUUUUCCAUGUAAAUAAAAUUUAAUAAUUUUUAUUUAAAAAACAAAAAAAAAACAA